GAAAGCGUAGAAUGGAAGGGUUGCUCUUCCAGGUUGGCGCUGGAAAAUAUUUCUUUCCCUUUAGCGGUCGAGUUAUUCUGGCGCAUAUUCGCUCAGUAGGAAAUCCCAGGCACUCACUCAGGUAAGCAAGCGUAAGGGUUGAGAGACUAGGACUAGUAGCCCCUACCUUCGCUACGUCUUCCCACCGGCUUGGAAACCUAUUCUUGGGACCCAUUCGCUCUUCUAAGGCAGAGAGGCAGCGCUCAUUUCUACCUCUGGUUGGGGAAAGUCUACCUCGAGGAGAGAGAGAGAGAGCGAGAGGGAGGGAGGGAGGGAGGGAGGGAGGGAGGGAGAUCUGUUGUCUCCCUCCCUCUCGGCAUCCAGAGCCCUAGUUUCCUCCCGGCGGAGGGCUCCUCCCGGCGGAGGCGGACCCCGACGCUUAUAAAAGAGAGUAGGAGACUUUCUGCCGGCGAGUCAGACCCGCUUUUGCCCUGAAGGAGCCUCUGGGGCAAGAGGACGUCUAGGGAGAGCUUUCCUCUCUCGAGAAGGAGAGAGCCGGGCUUGUGGGGCUGUCUUCUCAGGCUGGACGGGGCUUGGCUCCUCGGAGAAAGUUGAGAGAGGCGGGGCAAGGGAUGCCGCCUGGGGGCAACCUGUCGCGGGAGGCGGCGUGGGGCAACGGGAGCGCGGCGGAGGGCCCCGCUCCCAGCCCGGCGCCCCCCUGGCCCCUGCCCUUCCCCUGGGAGGAGGAGCUCCCCGCCGCGGAGGGGGCGGCGGGGCUGGUGGCGCUGCGCUGGGCGGUGCCCUCGCUGUACCUGCUGCUGAUGGCGGUGGGCGCGGCGGGCAACGCGGCGCUGCUGAAGGUGCUGGUGGGCCAGCGGGCCUCCCGGCGCAGCGUGCCCAACCUCUUCAUCGCCAGCCUGGCCGCCGGGGACCUGCUCCUGCUCCUCACCUGCGUCCCCGUGGACGCCUCGCGCUUCUUCCUCCAGGGCUGGCCCUUCGGCCGCCUGGGCUGCAAGCUGCUCCCGGCCAUCCAGCUCACCUCCGUCGGCGUCUCCGUCUUCACCCUCACCGCCCUCAGCGCCGACAGGUACAAGGCAAUUGUCUAUCCAAUGGAUAUUCAAGCACCCAAUGCAGUCCUGUGGACCUGUAUUAAAGCUAUAGCCAUCUGGGUAAUUUCAAUUCUGCUAGCAGUUCCUGAAGCAGUAUUCUCUGAAGUGGCACACAUCAAUGAUGCAGACAAUAUCAGCUUUACAGAAUGCAUAAGAUAUCCCUUGAAGGAUGAUUUGCACCCAAGGAUCCAUUCAGUGAUGAUACUUCUGAUAUACCUCCUCAUUCCACUCACCAUCAUUAGUAUUUACUACUUCCAUAUUGCAAGGACUUUAAUCAAAAGUGCACAUGAUCUUCCAGGGGAACACAGUGAACAAACUAAAAAACAUAUGGAAACCCGAAAGCGUCUGGCUAAAAUCAUACUAGUCUUCGUUGGCCUUUUUGCUGUGUGCUGGCUGCCUACUCAUGUACUCUACAUGUAUCGGUCCUUUAACUAUGACAAGAUUGACCCAUCACUUGGCCAUAUGGUUGCUACUUUGGUAGCCCGAGUGCUCAGCUUCUCCAAUUCCUGUGUCAACCCAUUUGCCCUCUAUUUUCUCAGCGAGAGCUUCAGACGGCAUUUCAAUAGCCAGGUUUGCUGUCGCAUGGUACCUCCUCAACGGAGAUCUACUAGUUACUUGCACAGCACCUCAGCCAUUCGAAUGAGCACCAUGGAAAACCAUACCAGGAACUCUGUUGCCAUGGCAACACCUCUAAAUGGGCACAACUCCAAACAAGAUAUACCACUGUGAUUCCAUCAGUGGUACAUCUCAGCUUGAGAAGAGUUUAUUUUAACUACUUUUAUUGCAUAUUUGGAUUGUUAAAAACAUAAUGAAUCAGCACCUCUUAACUUAGGAGGAAGAUUUUGCUAAUUUUCGUAUCUUGUUUCUAAACUUGUUUGGAACUCAUGAUUUUGCAUGAAGAUAAUACUGAUUUACUUCCAUGAUGGCUAGAAGAUGGAAACCUUGGGUGUUGUCUGCCUGACUUACAAAAGACCUUGUUCUGAUUCUAGCAAAGAGGAUCUGUACACUCUUUCUAAUCUUCAUAGUUCAUCAGGAUAGAAAUUUGUGUUUUUCCUGGCUCCACUGACUUUCAUGGAGAUGUCUGAUGAAAAUAAAAUAUUGCAUUAUUAAUUUAUGAAAAUAGAAAUACAGUAUGUACAUAUAUGCAAUGAAAAUGUGGAAGACCAGGACCACUAGUUCUGUAUAACAAAGCCUGCUUAGGGCUAGAUAAAUGUCUAUUAACUCUCUCCCCGGGGCCGUGGUGGAGGCUCCUUCCUUGGAGGCUUUUAAGCAGAGGCUGGAUGGCCAUCUGUCGGGGGUGCUUUGAAUGCGAUUUCCUGCUUCUUAGCAGGGGGUUGGACUGGAUGGCCCAUGUGGUCUCUUCCAACUCUACUAUUCUAUGAUUCUAUGAUUCUAGGUGCAAAUGGAGCAUCUACAUGCCAUAUAGCAGUGGUUCUCAAUCUGCCCCCCGCCCAGAUGUUUUUGGCCGUCAACUCCCAGAAAUCCUAACAGCUGGCAAACUGGCUGGGAUUUUUGGGAGUUGUAGGCCAAAAACAUCUAGGGACCCCAGAUCGAGAACCAUUACCAUACAGUAUAUGGUGAGGAGGAAUAAUUGGGAUUGGAAGCCAUGUGGAUUAUGUUUUGGUAUUCACAGAGAUGUGUUCCCAUUCUAUGAAAGAUGAAAACAGAAAACUCAGGGAGUCUUUCUUCCCUAUGAUGGAAAGAGAAGCCCUGAAGCAGGGAAAAUACUCCUUACCUGUGGGAUCCCUCCAUGCAAUUUGGGACCCUGCUUUAUAGUGAUAUAACACAGUGAGUUGAGUUAGCAAGCAUAUCCCAAGUGUGAUAAGAAAGCUCAAUCAAAUCUAUUGUCUGUCCUGGCACAACCCUAAUUUGGUGCAAAUCUGUCUUCAUAAAUGUCAUUAAGUCUGCCUCCCCCAUAUGCAAAUAAAUUCACUUGAGGUAAAGAGAUGCUAGGUGUUCAAUGUACAUCUCAGUGUGUAGCUGAUGAAGCAGUUAUUUCUUUUCCUUCAAGGCUGGAAUGCCUGAGCCACAAUGAGCUCCAUGAAGAUGAUAUAUCUCAUCAGAUUACACACAAUUUGCAUAUUUUCAUUGCAUUUUACUGCUUAAUUUAUAUGGCCUGCCUGCUCAGAAAAGUUUUAUGCCAUAAAACUGUUGAAUUGUUUUAUUAUGGUACAUUUUCAUGGAGUGAAAUGCAUGUGGUGUUUAAUAAUAUUGAAUGAAGAAUGGUUGAUGAAAUCAAUGGAUGGUUAAAUAUUUAACAACUCUACAUCUAUAUAAACCUAAAAGUCAGGUAUGUUGGUUACUACCACAAAGGUUCCUACGUGGCUUGAUGGAUCUGGGCCAAACUUUGCUCACAUACCCUUCAUUAUAUAACUUAAAAUAAUGGAGGGGUUUGAACUGAAAAAAACCCCCAUCCCUUUUGGGCCUUGAGUAGAGGGAAAAGAAAAGUCACAAAAGUGGAUUGGUUGUGGCUAGGUGAAGGAUUGGCUAUUCUUAGAUGAAUUGUCUCUCUCUGAUAUGACUGGGAAAGAAAGGGAGUAAAGCAUCUUGGCUGCUGCUAGGUGUUGUGUAUGAGGGGAAUAAUAAUAAUAAUAAUAAUAAUAAUAAUAAUAAUAAUUUUAUUUUUGUACCCCGCCACCAUCUCCCCAGAGGGACUCGGGGCGGCUUACAGAUAUAAAACCAACAUACAAUAAUAUCAAAUACAAAAGCACACAAAUAAAUUUAAAAGGCAUUGAAAAAUCACACUCAUUAUAAAACACUUGAGAAACACAGCAAUAAAAACAUAAAAUGAGCUGGGCAAAGUGCACAGAGUGGAACUUGUAAACAAGAAGGAAGUUAAGGUGCUACAAGGUCAUGGUAAGAGCCUUAGACCGGGGUGAACACUGAGGCUAUGUCAGGGAGUUAACCAACAGGUACAACUAGUCAGAAGAACCUGCUAGUACCAGGGUUUAGUAUACAGUGGGCGGUACUUCUUCAAAGGCCUGUUUGAAGAGCUGUUUGAAUGAAAAAAGGAAGAAUAAAAGAAAGAGAAAGAGAAGGGAAAGAAAGGAAGGAAGGGAUUAAAAAGAAGACAUUGUGAGGUCUUCUCAUUGCUGAAGACAGAAGAAAGCAGGCAAGCAGUGGCCCCUCUGACACCUGGGCAUAUACGCUAGUGACACAAUAUUUUUAAAUAAUAAUUUUAUUUAAUUUAUAUAGAAAAAAAUACAGUACAUUAUAAAUAUGUAUAGUAUCUUCAAUUCAACUACUUUAUCUACCAUUAUUAAUAUAAAAAUGUCCCUAAUAAAAAUAAAUUUAACUAUGCUAUUCUACUACUCCACUUCAAAAAUACAUAAGGUUAACCUUCCAUCCUCCAACUCCAAGGACUAAUUCCGUUCAAUUAUUAAAAUGCAGAGUGUGAAUUUCACUGUACCUUUGAUACGGAAAGCACCAGCUGCUGUUGGAUUUCAACUGGUUUAAUUAACAUCUAACUUCCACUGAAGAUGGACUCAACCUGGGAAGAUGUUCUACAUUGCAUGAGUAGGAUGUCAGUUCUGUUUUGCUACUACCUGCUUUGCUAAUACCUGACAUUGCAUGUCUCCUCACUGUGUGCUGCUCAUGAGUGUUUGCAAAGGAGCAGUUAUGUACUCAGAUGUCAUGGCAUCAUGGUAGCAUGGAACACCUGCAUGCAAGUAAUGGCUACAUACAAGUAAGAGCCACCUCUUUACAGAAGACUAUCAAUUCUGUGAAGCCAGUGGCAACUUGCAUGGAGUACUCUGGUUCUUUUCUACUUUGUGGAGAUGUCUUUCAUUUUGAAAAUCAAAACCGCUUUGGAGUAAAGCAUAUUUUCAAUAUUGGAAUGUUACAAAUUUGUUUUGUGCAACUUGCCUUUUAAUAGCAGUGGGGAAGCAAUGUUCCAUUUUAAUGUGCAUUCAUCUAUGUUUAUAUAAAAUUAUUUGCAUUUGUUUUCUGAUGUUUUUCAUCAUUCUCUGGGCAGCAUGAGGAUAGCAGAAAACUUUGAUCCGAGGAAUAGAUUUAGAGUGGCAAGAGGAAUGCAGUUGUGGAAAGGUGUAAGCCUCUGUUUUUGGCAGAGGACAGAACAACCACAACUACAGAAGAAACUAAUCAUGCUGUUUCAGCUUCUUUAUAACUUCUUGCAGACAGGAAAUGAGUACAUCUUUAACAUAUUGCUUUGGAGACAUCUUGUGUGAAGCUCAACACGGGCAAAAUAAUAGCUUUUCCAUGUAGUACGAUAUUUGUAAAUGGUUAUUGCCCUGCAUUCCUUUGGAAUUCCUUAAAUGUUGUUUGUAGACAAGUGGGUGUUGUAUUUUCAAAACAGCGUUAAUAAUUUUGUUACUGUAAUGUGAUAAACUUUGUAAAUGUUGAAAUUUAUAUGUAAGAUGGCUUUAUGCAAAAACAAUUAAAAACAAAUUCAGCAGAAUA